AUGAUCUCAACCCCUCUUUUUCAAAUUUUUUUGCCAGGGACACGGGAAGUGAAUUUGAGGUAUCCCAAGGGAAGAGGCACUAACGCACUGACUGACGCUCUGGUGGCUGGCUUUGCAAUUUUACUUCUCGAAGUUGGCGGCUAUGUUCGUGAUUGGUUGAGAGACGUUCCUGCGCGGGGAGGGGCUGUUUUUCGCAUUUCAUCACAAUUUUCUCGCCGAGUGACCCCUCCAACCGUGUCAAAUGCAACUGGGGAACCAACCCGGUCACGAAGUCGAACUUCGCUGAGCCAAUCGUCAACACUCAAAGAGCUGGGCAGCCUUUUUGCGCACCCGGGCAAAAAAAGAUCGUUGUUCAUGUUACCAACAGCAAGAGCCCUCCCGGCUAGCGAAGCAGUCGCCAAAAAGGCGCAAGGCGAACUUGGCCCGGAGUCUCUUUCUUUGAUGAUGGACUCAUCAAAAAAAGAAAAGAAGGGAAACGAGGAGAAGAGAGAGGAAAAGAGGGUUGGUUGUAAUUCGUUGCCCGAGGACCUUGCGGCCCUGCGGUUUUCAGCAACGUAUGUAUGCGCCUAA